AUGCCCAAUGCCGGGCAAGAGAUUGAGAGCACCAGCGAAUCUAGCACCGGUGAGCAUGGAUCCGGAAGUCAACAAAUACAGCGCGAUGGUGAAGCUCAAGGAAUGACCAAUCGAUUGCUACAAGCAUUUUCUCGCCAUGGAACUGACAAUAACCAUAAUAAUCAAACACCAAGCCCGCAAGAUGAACAGCCUCAGGAUCCCUAUUCUGCUGGUACCAUGGGUGAUAACUCUUUGACAGUGCAAUUGCACAAUGAGGCAGAGGGGAAGAAUGGCAAAUCGAUUCCCAGAGCAGGACUGGUACCUCGACCGAUUGGCGGACAAGAGAAGCUAGGAAUGUUCUCUGGAGUGUAUGUGCCAACAUGUCUCAAUGUUUUGAGUAUUUUGAUGUUCCUCCGUUUUGGGUUUAUCCUAGGGCAAAGUGGAAUACUGGGUAUGCUUGUCGCUUCUUAUGUGAUCAAUUUUAUUACUACCUUUUCCCUGUCUGCGAUUGCCUCAAAUGGAACAGUCCGCGGAGGUGGGGCAUAUUAUUUGAUCUCCCGUUCUUUAGGUCCAGAAUUUGGGGGAUCGAUUGGACUCGUCUUUUACAUGGGCUUCGUAUUCAAUACCGGAAUGAACGCCGUGGGUCUCAUCGAUUGCAUCACUCUAAAUUUUGGUGCGGACGAUGGCAAUUGGGCUCAAAUCCUGCCGGAAACAAAAUGGUAUUGCUACCUUUGGUCCACCAUAAUACUCGUCCUGUGUACGCUGGUAUGUCUGGCUGGAUCUGGAAUCUUUGCAAGAGCUAGUCAUGGACUACUGGUUAUUCUGUUCUUUGCCACAUUGAGCAUCCCACUAUCUGCACUGGUCGUCAGCCCCUUUGAAAGUCGGAAGCUUGGCAUUGAAUAUACAGGCAUCAGCUUACAGACACUUUCGGGAAAUCUACUGCCCAAGCUCACUAGAGGUGCUGCUGGCAGUCAAAUUCACGGGAGGGAGACUUUUCAGGAUCUGUUCGGGAUUUUGUUUCCUGCAACGGGAGGCAUAUUUGCUGGUGCAAGCAUGAGCGGCGACCUGAAAUCUCCGAGCAAAGCAAUUCCGAAAGGAACUCUAUAUGGUCUUGUCACAACCUUCUUCUUGUAUACUCUAGUCAUACUAUCCAUGGCUGCCACCGUGACCCGCUCAUCUUUUCUCAGGAACACAAAUGUGCUUCAGGAAACUAACAUAUCAGGCUUAUUGAUCCUGGCAGGAGAAGUAUCUACCAGUCUCUUUUCUGUUCUCAUGGGAAUUAUUGGCAGUGCAAAACUUCUUCAGGCUAUUUCAAGAGAUAGUCUACUACCUGGAUUCUCGAUAUUUGGCCAGGGAACCAAAAAAGCUGAUGAACCUACCUUCGCGAUCAUCUUUACAUUCAUUAUCACCCAAUUGACGAUGCUCGGCGAUCUCAAUCAAAUCGCUAGUUUUGUAACAAUGACUUAUCUUAUGACCUUUCUGGUCAUGAACCUAGCUUGCUUUCUCCUUUCAAUCGGGUCUGCGCCCAAUUGGCGCCCCAGUUUCCAUUUCUUCAAUUGGCAGACUGCUGUUGCCGGUGCAAUAGUCUCAGGAGCCGCGAUGUUCUUUGUAGAUGGAUUUUAUGCAACAGGAUGUGUAGGGGUUCUUCUUCUCCUAUUCCUUUUUAUCCAUUAUUCCGUUGAGCCAAAGAGCUGGGGAGAUGUAUCUCAAAGCUUGAUAUAUCAUCAAAUCCGAAAAUAUCUUCUCAAGCUCAAACAGGAGCAUGUCAAAUUUUGGCGUCCUCAAGUCAUUCUACUUGUUAACGACCCACGCCGACAGUACAAACUUAUACAGUUUUGUAAUUCUAUGAAGAAAGGUGGUCUGUAUAUCCUUGGUCACAUCAUUGUGACGGACGAUUUCAAUCAAUCAUUACCAGAAGCUCGUCGUCAGCAAGCAGCUUGGAAUAAAUAUAUUAAUUUUUCAAAGAUCAAAGCAUUCGUCAAUAUUGCAAUAUCUCCUGCUUUAGAAUGGGGGGCGCGCAAUAUUAUCCUCAACGCGGGGCUAGGAGGCAUGAGACCUAAUAUCGCUGUAAUGGGGUUCUACAAUCUAGACGACCUUAGAAAUUCGCAGCCAUUGAUAGAUAUUUCGGAGCCGCCUAAAUUGUCAUCGAGCAACGUCAAGACACCCAAUAAUCCACCUCGGUAUAGGCGUCAAAACAGUAAAGAAAAGAAGAUGCAAGGUGUGCUCCCAACCGAUUUGUGCCGGACUGAAGGCAUGAUGAGUGUGACAAGCUAUGUGACCAUUUUAGAAGACCUCCUCUUCAAGCUACAAAUCAACGUUGCAGUGGCAAAAGGAUUUCGAGAUCUAGAAUUACCUGAUACGGAAAACACUAAAAAGUACAUUGAUCUUUGGCCCAUUCAGAUGUCUGCCGAGAUUGCGGCCGAAGGUGUUGGAAAGCAGAAUGUUUUAACCACCAAUUUUGAUACAUAUACUUUGAUUCUUCAGCUCGGGGUCAUCUUGAACACUGUGCCUGCUUGGAAGAAAGCAUAUAGACUUCGCGUGGCUGUAUUUGUUGAAUAUGAAAACGACGUGGAAGAAGAAAGGGGUAGGGUAGAAUCACUACUCGAAAAUUUGCGUAUAGAAGCCGAGAUUCUUGUGUUUUGGUUAGCAUCAGGGGACGUUCCCUCCUAUGAGAUCGUCAUUAAUGGUGCAAAUCCCGGUACUCAUCACAUUGACGAGGUAGAGGAGUGUCUUAAGGGACAAGACUGGUGGGAUGAGAUACAGAAACUUCGUGGGAAUCGUAGAACAACCACGUCUGCUUCGGGAGAUUUGGCUCAAAUUGCAAAUAUAUUUCAAGCUGCUCCAACUUGGCCGAAUGUAUCAUUUCAACAAGGUCCACGAUAUCAGCGUGCUGAACGAUUUCUUGGACUUCGACGGCUACUAAAAAAAUCGAAGAAACGACACAACAUGAGUACUUUGAAAGGAUUGGGUGUCAGUAUGGGUAUGCGUUCACAGAGACUAGAGCCCGAUGUCAUGAGCCGACAUGCUAGCCACGGAAGUGCUAGCGAAGAUUCCGACAGUGAUUCCGAGCUCGAGACUGAGGAGUCGGAAGCUGAUGAUAAUGAAAGCGCUGCAAGCGAAGGAGAUCUUGAUGAUUUCGAAUCAGAUACAGAAUCUCACGCCGAUGAGAUUAGACCACUUUUACGAAGAAGAAGUCAUGGCGAUAGUUUACGUGGUCCCCCAAUUUCUAAGCGUGCAGCCGGAGAAAAGGAGCCGGUUCCUCCCACGAUUUCAAGAUCCACAAGAGAAUCAAUAAUUAAUUCUUUCAACAAAACGCCAGAUAUAUCGAUGCCAAUCGCUUCAGCGCCUGUGUCACCACCACAUGUACCUCAAACACUCAGCACUCAGCCAUCACCAGUCCCAAACCUUACCGACUCUCUGCAAUCUUUGAAAGACUCGCAAGAGUCUCUGGCGGUUCCUUCCACAUCAGCCGCCAUUUCGUCAGCAUCAUCAAACCUCCUACAACCUCGUUCUCAUUUAUCGAAACCGCCACUCUCUAGACACGCGUCCACUCCAAAAUUCUCAUCUAAACCCGUUCCAAUAGCCCGUGUAGCCACCGAAGACGGUCCAGGCCCCAGCAUAAUGUUCGCCGAAAACCCCUCUCCCCCUACCACCCGCAAAUCCGCGCCUCGUAUCCCCUCCGCUUAUCGUUCCUCCCCCUCCUUCGAUCGCAUCUCCGAAGCAUCCGACUCUUCUAACACCGCUGCCAUUCCUCCCUCGCCAACUCGCUCGUCAUAUUCUCUGCAAUCUCUUCCACUCAGUUUCAACGAUCUACCUUGUAGAGCACAGCAUUUAAUUCUCAAUCAAUUGAUCAAAAGUCAGAGUGAGGAGACGGCGGUUAUUUUUACCACGUUGCCGAGUCCGGUGGAAGGAACUGGGGGUAGUAGGGAGGGGAGUGAGGGAUAUUUGGGGGAUUUGGAGGUGCUUUGUGGGGGGUUGCCGCCGGUUCUUUUGGUGCAUAGUAAUAGUAUGACGGUUACGGUUAGUUUGUAG